AGGGCUGCCCGAUCGGAUCGGAUCAAGCUGGCCGUGCACAUCGAUCGGGACGCGUAUAUGUAAUCAUCAUCAUCAGUAUUGAAGGAGGACAACCUUGGCAGAUGAGAGGCAGCUCUUAAUAAUGGGUGCCGGUGUGGCUUCUCCCAUGGCCAAUCCCAGUAGAUAUUCAGAUGAUUCAAGCCAUCAUGAUCUUAUCAUCAUCAUGGAUGGGUGUGGUUGUACAAGCUAGUGGGAGAGAUGGGUUUUGUAUGUAGCUCAUGGCUUACAGAGUGGGAUUGAAGACGCGGCAGAUCGAAAUUGGUCGCGUGUCGGCUUACUUGAGUCUUGAGUCUUGAGUCUUCAAGUCCAAGGAAAAGCCAACCAACAACAGAACAGAGCAGAAACCAACCCAAAAACCAAAAACAAAACAAACGAUGCUCAGAACAAACCAUCAACAACAACAGCAACAACAGCAACUAUCAUCAUCAUCAUCAUCUGACUCACAACUAUUCAAACAGCUCGAAACUGCAACUCAGAUAGUCGAUGACAGACUCAACUCAAACCUCAAACUAAACCAACCCAUCCAACUAGAAUCAACCCUACAAGGCCAUUCCUCAUCUGAGUAUUCACUACCUCCCAACCUCAUCUGGGCACCACUCAUCAAACGCCGUACCAUCCAUCUACCCGAUGUCCUCUUCGAUCAGUACGACAUCCAGCAACACCGAUGUCUCAUGGGCAUCUUCCCCCAGAUUCAGAGGGCCUGGUUCACCGUCGACAACAGGCUAUUCCUAUGGGACUAUCGAGAUGGUAACGACUUUGCCAGCUUCGAACAACUAGAGGAAAUCAUCUCAGCCAUCGCGAUCGCCAAACCAAAACCAGGUCUUUUCGUUGCCGAUAUUCAACACCUACUCGUCAUCUCAACACCACUCACAGUUACCAUCGUCGGCUUGGCACUCAAACCAAAUCCUUCAGCUACCUCCAACCUAGAACUAUCACUCUAUAUGACUGGCUUAGAAGUCCCUACCGAUGGCAUCGUCUUCACCUCCAUCUUCUCUCAUCAAUCAACCGGCCGAAUCUUCCUCAUCGGUUCAACCGACUCUCAAGCUGGCCAGACCGUCGGCAAUGAGCUCUUCGAAUUCGAGUAUCGUUCUGAGGAAGGCUGGUUCAAGAAGAGAUGUUUAUUGGUCAACCAUUCCAAAGGCGGCGCUGGGGCUGGGGCACUGAGUAGCCUAUUGCCCAGUUGGCUCAAAUCGGUCACCCAAGGAAAUAUACUCAUGAUGAACGUCGAUCAAGAACGUAAUCUGAUCUAUCUCCUACUCAAAUCUGGUUCCAUCACCAUCCUCAGCCUAGGAAGAACUGGUCUCGAUACUCCAACCGAAGUCGCCAGCGCCUCAAAUAUCGUCAGAGAGGCUCUCGCCAUGUGUCCGGCAGCCGGCCCAUUAUUAGACCCUCGAACCUUCGAGAUCACUGGGAUACAUAUCAUCACCAAGCAGGAGGGUGGCCAUGUCGGGUUGGUCGCAGUGACCAGCCAAGGCGUUCGAAUGUAUUUCUCAUUGGCAAAGAGGCCUUACGGAUACGGCUAUUCGGCUAACUCCUCCACUCUCCCUCUCUCGAGCGAUCCAGAUGCUAUCCCUAGUUCGCUCUGGUUAUGUCACGUUCGACUACCACCUCGAAACUCAACACCGAGCACCAAUCAGUCAAAGGAAAACCAACUCUCAGCUAUCACCCUAUCCUCGGGCUUCCAACUCAUGGGCGAUCAUCAAAACGGCGGUAUGCAAGAUGCAGAAGAAGCCGAACUGGAAAUACCUUUGAUCCCAAAUCCAUUGAAUCUCUCAUACUCACAUUACACCUCCCCCGGUGGAUUUUGGGUGUCUUCUCAUAGCGUCGAUUCCGAGCACAACGUCCUCCUUGCCGUAGCACCCGAUGUCGCCCAUCUCUUACAGGCCUCAUCAACAUCAGCAGCAACAGCCACAACAGCAACGCAAGCAGCAGCAACCACAACUUCAACCGGGUUUCUUCAAACCUCCAAUCCGUCGCUUUCGGCUCAACAACAACAACAACAACAACCAUUCCAAUCUUCGAUCUCCGAGAUUGCAUGUCCGAUCAAGAUCGAAGGACAUGCAUGGGCGAUCACACACACAACCCAAGACUCUGAUCUCGACAAUUACCAUCCCAUCCAACUCGUAGGUCCUCAACAGGAGUGGCUGGUCUUGUCUAAUAUGGGCAUCACCGUCCUGUCUAGUCAAAGGCCGGUUGACACUCUAGCCGAGCUACUCAAUAACAUGCCCGGAAAGGAACAAGAACUAUCUUUGUUUUGGGAUCGUUUCGGACGAGAUCAAACCUGUGCAAUGAGCUUAAGCAUUGCAGUUGGCGAAUCGACCACCUACAAUCACUCUUCCGAGUCCAAUUCCAAAUAUCAUAGUCUUCUCCAGCCUUCCCUUGGCGCUCCUGGCGGCUACCAUCAUCGUUGGGGACCGGAGACGAUCCAACAAGCUAAGAAACUGCUUGUCGAAUCUUCUGGUCGGCCGGAAAUCUCCCUCUCCGGUGGGAACUCUCAAGGUUAUUCCAACUCUUUUGGUCUGGGGGAUGGUAAGAAGAUUUGUUUCAGUGGGAAACAUGAAGGGAUUGCCCUAUAUAUGGCUUGGCUUGUCCGGCCGAUUUGGAAGAAAAAAGUCUUGGUUCUCAGCGGGGUCAAUCCGAGUCUGCCUGUCUCUAACUUGUCUGAAGCGCUUUUGACCAAGGUGCAAAAGGACUUAGAAGCGCUUCGCCAUUUUAUCGACAAUGAAGUGGUUUUGUUAGCAUCGAUCCCUGAUGUGCGGACUGCUGGUCGUACUGAUCCUGCCGUCUAUAACUUGGAGCAAGCCUCGAUCGUUGGUCUGCGUGUCUUGUUGACCCAAGCAGUCGAAGCAUUGUCGUUCAUUCAAUUACUAAUAGAUUAUAAAUUGGGUGACCUGUUGACCGCCUCACCUCGCGAAGUAUCAGAAGCCUUGUUGAAUCUCACCUACCGAGAAUUCAUUACCGGCCAACAAGGUCGUGAUUGUGCUCGAGAACUCGUCAAAACUUUGAUUAAUCAACAGAUCAGUCAAUCCUUCAGUGUUGAUGCGAUCAGCGAAACCCUGCAACAGAGAUGCGGUACUUUCUGUACAUCUGACGAUGUACUACUUUAUAAAGCGAUCGAAGCACUGAGCACCGCAAAAGAGAGUUCCAGUAGUCAAGAAAAACGGAACUGGGCUCGAGAGGCUCUUCGUCUGUUUCAGAAGGGAUCAAAGCACAUGUCAUUGGAAGUCCUUCAAGACGCUUGUCAUCAGUUCACCGAAGCCGGAUUCUUGGAUGGUGUUGUCGAACUAUCAUUAACUUGCGCAAAGGUUUGGGAUCCGACUCGACAAGCAUUGUCGUAUUGGAAGGAAGGCCAACCGAAGGGCGACAGUCGUUCCAAAGUUUAUGAAGUACUCGAUCAAUGUUAUCUGACCAUCAAGAAUGCUUUGGUUAACUUCGAUCCUAUUGCUUCCACUUCCAGUGGCUUGACUGCUGCCGAGUUAUCGUCUGUACUCGAUCAUGCGGUCCAGUUAGCUCUCACAAGUGAUGAUGAACUAUUUCAUUAUCGUUAUUACGAUUGGUUACUAGAGCAGGAUAAGACAAUGCCACUUCUCGAAGCUCGCACACCGUUCCUGGAAGCUUUUCUUCAAGCGCCCCCAAUCACUCUGUCGAAAGCUGAUUUAUUGUGGCAAUACUAUACUCGUAACUCUGCAUUCUGUGAGGCGGCCCGAAUCUUGGCCAAUUUGGCUAGCGAUGACGGAUUGAACCUGCAACUCCCACGACGGAUCGAAUAUCUCUCAUUAGCCGUUAGCAAUGCAAAGUCUACUCCCAAUCUGAUCACCAAAAGCGAGAAUGGAGAAGUCUUCAGCUUCCUAACGGACAUCGAAGAAAAACUCGAGGUCGCUCAAGUCCAAGUGGAAGUGCUCCAAAACGUGCUAGACUUGAGUGAUGAUCAAUUCCAGCUCAACCAUCAUCAUCAUCAGGAUCAAAACGCAGGUCAAACCAAAGAAGUCAUUCUACAGGUCUUACAAUCUAGACUGUUGACCAUUAGCGAAAUAUAUAGAGAUAUUGUUGAGCCACUAGGAUUACUAGAAUGCACCCUAUUGAUCUUUCACGUCUCAGAUCACCGGGAUUUGAAUCUAAUUCAAACUGUUUGGUCGGCUAUCAUCGAGCAAGCUCAUGAAGGUAGACCGGGUGGCUUGUCUGGGGUCGAGGGGGUUGCUAACAAAGUUUCCCAAUUGGGAAGAAAAUUCUAUCCAUCUGAUAUUGCUUUCAAUACUUCUAUGAUUGUUGGGAUUUUAGAGAAAUAUGCAUUUGAUAACCCUCUACCCGGAGAUAAGAAAUGGGUUGGUUCCGUCUUAAGGGAAGCUGGCUUGCCAUGGCAAACGAUUUGGGAAUCGAUUGAUGAACUUUUCACUAGCAAGUUACCCCCAUGGCAUAUUGACAGUACACUCUCAUUCUUGACGUUUGAGAUAGCCGAAGUGAUCAAAGAAUGGAUACAGGAGAUGGACGAGCUGAACGAUUUCUUACUGACCACUUCGCACUCCAACUCCAAUCCAAACUCGACCGGGACCGCCAACAACGGCUUCCCAGCGGCCCGAUUAGAAGACGUGAUCGAUCGCUACAUCGACACCCUUUCUCACAUGCUCAUCAAUUCUCAUCCGUCCUCGCUCCGCACUGGCGCUAAUCCUCAAACUCAAUCUAAUGACGAAUUCUCUCAGGCUAUCCAUAGUUUGAAAACCUCAAAGCUCAAAAUUCGGGACUUGUUUUGAUCCUGAUAGUUUCCUUUUUUUUCAAAAAGAAAAAUCUUGGUGUCCCCUGAAAAAAAAAUAGUGGUCUUGAUUGCCUCUAGACACCUUGAUUCUAUUUGUCUCUGAACAAAGAAUCAAUUUCUUGUUUCAUUCUUCAUCAAGUUACCUACAACUGAAUUGAUUAAUUCGAUUAUUAUUUUAUCUGGAGAACUGCUUGUCAUUAGUUGUUUUC